AUGGGCGGCACUGCUAUUGAUCCCGCACUGUCCUCGGAAGACAUCACUGAAAACAAUACUGACCAAGAUGGCGAGCAGCUUCCACCCGGCACGCAGCCAGGCCAUCCAGGCCAGCCAGCCCAGACAGUUCUCCCACAACCCGUGCUGCACAACGCACCAGACCCAUACCGACUUCCUCCAGUCUUCGCGACAGGCUAUCCGCAGCAGCCGCCACAGAUGGGAGGCUAUCCUCCAGCUCAGCCCGCCCCUCGCCAGCGUACUGCCAUCGCGUGCCACUACUGUCGGAGACGCAAGAUUCGCUGCUCUGGUUUCGAUCAGUCUGAGGACGGCCGCUGCACCAACUGCGUGCGCUUCUCGCAAGAGUGCAUCUUCACUCCCGUGAGCGCCCAGACUCAGGCAUUCGUCCCGGCGCAUGCGCUGUAUCGGGGCCAGAACGCACCCGCCAACCAGCCGCUGUAUGGCGCAUACGGCCAGCCUCUCCCACCGCAUGCGAAUCGCGACCAGCAGCAAUACCAACCUCAGCAGCAGCAACCGGGCCAAUAUCCUCCCACGCCGCAGGGCUACCAGCAGCCGCCCAUGUAUCCGCAGCAGCCUCCUCAAGGCGCUCCUCAGAUGCAAGGUACGAAUUCUGACGCCGGUCGCAAGCGGCCAAACGACGAGCCACACACACCUACCCUUCCGCCACCCAACCCGGGCGCGCACGCGCAAAUGCCUCAGCAUCGUGGUCCAGGUGGUGACGGGUACAGCUACCCCGAUCCAUCUGGUCAUCCUCCUGCUGGUGCGUCGCCCGCUUCUUCUACCACCUCUUAUCCCUAUCCUCCCCAGCCAUACUACACCCAGCCCAUGGCCCAGGCGCGUCGUGCGUCGCCGCAGAGCGCGUACUCGUACGACGGCUCGCGUGCGUCCUCGUCGCCGCACACGCUUGGGCCUCCAGGCACUCCCAACAGUUUCCAUCACCACCCUGGCAUGCCGUUGUCUCGUGAUGGUCGCGCCCCUCCGACUUCCGCUGCGGCGAAUGUGCAACGUUCCGGCGUCAAGAUCAACGAUCUCGUUGGCCAGGCGAAGCUGGAAGGGCGCACCUUUACGGACAACAGCAUGGUCCAGGCUCUCAACCGCGGGCCAAAGUAG